UCUCUCUGGAGUGAGGCGAGAGCCCCGCACAGAGCGAGGGAGACAGCGAGCUGAGCUCCGGGCGCUGCCGCUGCCGCCGCCGCCGCCGCUGAGAGUGAGAGCGAAGGAGCAUCCGAGAGAUCCAGUCCCCCUGCACUGGCCGCCGCCGAGACCUUCGCUCUCACCUGGGCCAGCGGGAGCCGCGGCCGCACUCCUUUCCCCCCCUCACCUUCCCGGCCGGCAGCGGCGGCUGCACACGCCGGAGCCGGAGCCAGAGCCGGAGCCCGAGCCGGAGCCCGAGCCUGAGCCGGAGCCGGCGGCUUGGGGGGCAGGGAGGCGGCUACCACGGGCCGGGAGUGGGUAGCUGCUCCGCGGUGAGAGAACGCUGAGGAGGCGCCGGAGCUUCUGCCUUGUCCCGUGGGGCGUGGGGCGAGACCCCCAAGGUGUAGGGAGGGGGGUCCCAGCCGCAGCGACACAUGCGGGAGCCGGGAGCGGGGGCGGCGCCGAGCGGAGCCGGCCGGGUCCCUCGCCUUGCCGCCGACUCGGCCACCCGCCCGGGGCCGUAGCAUCUUGCCCCGGAGUGUAUGAACCGGAGCCCCGACCAAGCUCGGCAACCACCCCCCGGCCGGGGGGGCGGGGACCCCGAUGUGAAGCGGCGGCUGGGGCGGCGGAGAGAACAGGACCGACGCCGCCGUCCUUUCCUCACCUUCCCCCUCCCCUCAGCCCCCUCCGGGGGUCUUCUCCCUUGGCCAGUCGCCGGCCCCCCGGCUCCUUGGCUGGACUCCGGGAGGAGUUCCUAGAGCCCCCCUCCCCCGCCCCAGUCCCGAGGGCGGCGGGGCCGGGGGGGACCCGGGGGGCCGGCCGCAGCCUCCACCCAGAGGAAACUUUAUAAAAACAAAAUCCGGAGUCUCCCAAACCUGACUGUCCCGGGAGAAGUGGCCCUGGACGGGCAGAAGCCGCAGCCUGAAAAGACCCAGGAAGAGGAAAAGAGGAGUACCGCGCCGGAGCCUUCCGCAGCUGCCGCCUCAGUCCGAAGGAGGAAGGGAACCAACCCACUUUCUCGGCGCCGCGGCUCUUCUCUAAAAGUGAUUAUUUCCUUAGGAUAGAUUGCCAGAAGUGGAGUUACUGGGUCAGAGGAAUGUGAAAACCUUUGCAUCUUCUGAUAGUCUAGCCAAGGUCCAAGAAGUAGCAAGCUGGCUUUUGGAAAUGAAUCAGGAACUGCUCUCUGUGGGCAGCAAAAGACGACGAACUGGAGGCUCUCUGAGAGGUAACCCUUCCUCAAGCCAGGUAGAUGAAGAACAGAUGAAUCGUGUGGUAGAGGAGGAACAGCAACAGCAACUCAGACAACAAGAGGAGGAGCACACUGCAAGGAAUGGUGAAGUUGUUGGAGUAGAACCUAGACCUGGAGGCCAAAAUGAUUCCCAGCAAGGACAGUUGGAAGAAAACAAUAAUAGAUUUAUUUCGGUAGAUGAGGACUCCUCAGGAAACCAAGAAGAACAAGAGGAAGAUGAAGAACAUGCUGGUGAACAAGAUGAGGAGGAUGAGGAGGAGGAGGAGAUGGACCAGGAGAGUGACGAUUUUGAUCAGUCUGAUGAUAGUAGCAGAGAAGAUGAACAUACACAUACUAACAGUGUCACGAACUCCAGUAGUAUUGUGGACCUGCCCAUUCACCAGCUCUCCUCCCCAUUCUAUACAAAAACAACAAAAAUGAAAAGAAAGUUGGACCAUGGUUCUGAGGUCCGCUCUUUUUCUUUGGGAAAGAAACCAUGCAAAGUCUCAGAAUAUACAAGUACCACUGGGCUUGUACCAUGUUCAGCAACACCAACAACUUUUGGGGACCUCAGAGCAGCCAAUGGCCAAGGUCAACAACGACGCCGAAUUACAUCUGUCCAGCCACCUACAGGCCUCCAGGAAUGGCUAAAAAUGUUUCAGAGCUGGAGUGGACCAGAGAAAUUGCUUGCUUUAGAUGAACUGAUUGAUAGUUGUGAACCAACACAAGUAAAACAUAUGAUGCAAGUGAUAGAACCCCAGUUUCAACGAGACUUCAUUUCAUUGCUCCCUAAAGAGUUGGCACUCUAUGUGCUUUCAUUCCUGGAACCCAAAGACCUGCUACAAGCGGCUCAGACAUGUCGCUACUGGAGAAUUUUGGCUGAAGACAACCUUCUCUGGAGAGAGAAAUGCAAAGAAGAGGGGAUUGAUGAACCAUUGCACAUCAAGAGAAGAAAAGUAAUAAAACCAGGUUUCAUACACAGUCCAUGGAAAAGUGCAUACAUCAGACAGCACAGAAUUGAUACUAACUGGAGGCGAGGAGAACUCAAAUCUCCUAAGGUGCUGAAAGGACAUGAUGAUCAUGUGAUCACAUGCUUACAGUUUUGUGGUAACCGAAUAGUUAGUGGUUCUGAUGACAACACUUUAAAAGUUUGGUCAGCCGUCACAGGCAAAUGUCUGAGAACAUUAGUGGGACAUACAGGUGGAGUAUGGUCAUCACAAAUGAGAGACAACAUCAUCAUUAGUGGAUCUACAGAUCGGACACUCAAAGUGUGGAAUGCAGAGACUGGAGAAUGUAUACACACCUUAUAUGGGCAUACUUCCACUGUGCGUUGUAUGCAUCUACAUGAAAAAAGAGUUGUUAGCGGUUCUCGAGAUGCCACUCUUAGGGUUUGGGAUAUUGAGACAGGCCAGUGUUUACAUGUUUUGAUGGGUCAUGUUGCAGCAGUCCGCUGUGUUCAAUAUGAUGGCAGGAGGGUUGUUAGUGGAGCAUAUGAUUUUAUGGUAAAGGUGUGGGAUCCAGAGACUGAAACCUGUCUACACACGUUGCAGGGGCAUACUAAUAGAGUCUAUUCAUUACAGUUUGAUGGUAUCCAUGUGGUGAGUGGAUCUCUUGAUACAUCAAUCCGUGUUUGGGAUGUGGAGACAGGGAAUUGCAUUCACACGUUAACAGGGCACCAGUCGUUAACAAGUGGAAUGGAACUCAAAGACAAUAUUCUUGUCUCUGGGAAUGCAGAUUCUACAGUUAAAAUCUGGGAUAUCAAAACAGGACAGUGUUUACAAACAUUGCAAGGUCCCAACAAGCAUCAGAGUGCUGUGACCUGUUUACAGUUCAACAAGAACUUUGUAAUUACCAGCUCAGAUGAUGGAACUGUAAAACUAUGGGACUUGAAAACGGGUGAAUUUAUUCGAAACCUAGUCACAUUGGAGAGUGGGGGGAGUGGGGGAGUUGUGUGGCGGAUCAGAGCCUCAAACACAAAGCUGGUGUGUGCAGUUGGGAGUCGGAAUGGGACUGAAGAAACCAAGCUGCUGGUGCUGGACUUUGAUGUGGACAUGAAGUGAAGAGCAGAAAAGAUGAAUUUGUCCAAUUGUGUAGACUAUAUACUCCCUGCCCUUCCCCCUGCAAAAAGAAAAAAAGAAAAGAAAAAGAAAAAAAUCCCUUGUUCUCAGUGGUGCAGGAUGUUGGCUUGGGGCAACAGAUUGAAAAGACCUACAGACUAAGAAGGAAAAGAAGAAGAGAUGACAAACCAUAACUGACAAGAGAGGCGUCUGCUGUCUCAUCACAUAAAAGGCUUCACCUUUGACUGAGGGCAGCUUUGCAAAAUGAGACUUUCUAAAUCAAACCAGGUGCAAUUAUUUCUUUAUUUUCUUCUCCAGUGGUCAUUGGGCAGUGUUAAUGCUGAAACAUCAUUACAGAUUCUGCUAGCCUGUUCUUUUACCACUGACAGCUAGACACCUAGAAAGGAACUGCAAUAACAUCAAAACAAGUACUGGUUGACUUUCUAAUUAGAGAGCAUCUGCAACAAAAAAGUCAUUUUUCUGGAGUGGAAAAGCUUAAAAAAAUUACUGUGAAUUGUUUUUGUACAGUUAUCAUGAAAAGCUUUUUUUUUUUUUUUUUUUUUUUUUUGCCAACCAUUGCCAAUGUCAAUCAAUCACAGUAUUAGCCUCUGUUAAUCUAUUUACUGUUGCUUCCAUAUACAUUCUUCAAUGCAUAUGUUGCUCAAAGGUGGCAAGUUGUCCUGGGUUCUGUGAGUCCUGAGAUGGAUUUAAUUCUUGAUGCUGGUGCUAGAAGUAGGUCUUCAAAUAUGGGAUUGUUGUCCCACCCCUGUACUGUACUCCCAGUGGCCAAACUUAUUUAUGCUGCUAAAUGAAAGAAAGAAAAAAGCAAAUUAUUUUUUUUUAUUUUUUUCUGCUGUGACGUUUUAGUCCCAGACUGAAUUCCAAAUUUGCUCUAGUUUGGUUAUGGAAAAAAGACUUUUUGCCACUGAAACUUGAGCCAUCUGUGCCUCUAAGAGGCUGAGAAUGGAAGAGUUUCAGAUAAUAAAGAGUGAAGUUUGCCUGCAAGUAAAGAAUUGAGAGUGUGUGCAAAGCUUAUUUUCUUUUAUCUGGGCAAAAAUUAAAACACAUUCCUUGGAACAGAGCUAUUACUUGCCUGUUCUGUGGAGAAACUUUUCUUUUUGAGGGCUGUGGUGAAUGGACGAACGUACAUCGUAAAACUGACAAAAUAUUUUAAAAAUAUAUAAAACACAAAAUUAAAAUAAAGUUGCUGGUCAGUCUUAGUGUUUUACAGUAUUUGGGAAAACAACUGUUACAGUUUUAUUGCUCUGAGUAACUGACAAAGCAGAAACUAUUCAGUUUUUGUAGUAAAGGCGUCACAUGCAAACAAACAAAAUGAAUGAAAAAGUCAAAUGGUUUGCCUCAUUCUCCAAGAGCCACAACUCAAGCUGAACUGUGAAAGUGGUUUAACACUGUAUCCUAGGCGAUCUUUUUUUCCUCCUUCUGUUUAUUUUUUUGUUUGUUUUAUUUAUAGUCUGAUUUAAAACAAUCAGAUUCAAGUUGGUUAAUUUUAGUUAUGUAACAACCUGACAUGAUGGAGGAAAACAACCUUUAAAGGGAUUGUGUCUAUGGUUUGAUUCACUUAGAAAUUUUAUUUUCUUAUAACUUAAGUGCAAUAAAAUGUGUUUUUUCAUGUUA